GUCGGAGUGAAAACAAACCAAGGAGCGAAACUGGACCUCCGUCUUAUUCAAUCGACGGUAGUUUACUCAUUUCUUCACCGAUUUUGAUUAAACAUAUGCUAAAUCGAGCAUUAGCUAUCCAGGAAUGAAUCUAUCUUUCGCGGGAUGCGGAUUCCUCGGCAUUUACCAUGUUGGAGUGGCGAGUUGUUUGAAGGAAUAUGCUCCAACGUUAUUUGACUCUGAAACGAAGAUAAGCGGUGCAAGUGCAGGCGCACUGGUUGCUUGUGGCCUAAUUUCCGACUGCUGCCUUGGUCAGUUCACAAGCUAUGUGUUACGUGUAGCUGCAAAGGCAAGGUCUAGAACAUUGGGCCCUUUGCACCCAAGCUUCAACAUUCACCAGAUACUUCAUGAUGGCCUUGAAGAAGUUCUCCCCCAAAAUGCACACAAGAUUGCCACAGGUCGACUUCAUGUGUCAUUAACACGUGUCUCUGAUAGAAAGAGUGUCAUUGUGUCUGAUUUUGAUUCUAGAGAAGAUUUAAUCAAGGCUCUACUAUGCAGUUCUUUCGUACCUUUCUACAGUGGAAUGGUUCCACCUUCCUUCAAAGGAGUGAGAUACGUCGAUGGAGGAUUGAGUGAUAACCUUCCAAUCCUUGAUGAAAAUACCAUAACAGUUUCUCCAUUUGCGGGUGAAAGCGACAUCUGCCCUAAUGAUAAUUCGGCCAAUUUACUCGAAGUUUCACUGGCAAAUACAAGUAUGCAGUUCUCCACAUAUAAUCUGUAUAGGAUGAGUAGAGCUCUAUUUCCUCCUCACCCAGAAGUCCUUAGUAAUAUGUGUAGAAGAGGAUUUGAUGACGCCCUCAAGUAUCUCCAGAGAAACAAUCUCAUCAACUGUACUCGUCAUCUGAGCAUACGGUCAAGCAUCGUUGCCUCCGCAUCACUUGCCACUGAUCUCAACCUCCUUGCAGAAGAGUCAACUGAGAGUUUAUCUACCUCUGAUUCUGGAGAUCUUGUAGAAGAGGCACAUCACUGCUCUGAAUGCAAACAGAGACAACAUAUAGCAUUGGUAGAUACCUUGCCACCCAUAGUUGUAUCAGCAUUUAGCCAGUGUACAGAGUCUAUGAGAUUAACCUGGAUGGGGAAGACUGGUCACAUUCUCUCAUACGUCCUUGCCCCAUGGGCCCUGCCAGCCGCUGUUGUAUAUAACUAUUCAAAAAGAUUUCUCAACUGGGUUCCACAUUUGCCGAAUGACAGCCAGUGGUUCUAUGAGGAAUUCAUGGCCCUCAUCGUUGCCUUUGUUCAACACUUGAAGCGUGGAAGGCAUCAUCAUAGAGCUAGGCUUACUUGUCAACUUGCCAUUAGUGAAUACACAGACCAUGUAUCCAAAGAAAAGCCUCGCAGAGCAGCCAGGGCUACCAGGGCAUUCAAGUCUAAGGCCCAUAAGAAACAUUGCUCUAAACUUAACAUUGGCUUCUCAAUGGACUUCCAAAAUAGAGAUUCAACCCUCAAUACCCUGACAACACUGAGGCAUCAUCUAAUAGAGGAAACCCCAUGCGAGCAGAACGAUCAGCCCAACCCGGUUCAAUCCACACCUGUGCAAUCAAAAGACAAACUAUUUCAAAUUGAUGAAUUUGAUGAAGAACCGCUGGAGCUACCAGAUUUAGAAACUGAAAUAUAUGCAAAUCCAGACUCAUUAGAUCCUCAAACUCUUGAUACGUUUGACCACUGUCUUGAGCAGGCCAAUCACAUGGAGGCAGUUAUGGCUUAUUAUUACAAUGAGCCUGAUCAACCAAACAUAAUCAAAGUCACUGAAAUAUUUAGUCUCCGUGAGGAAAACAUACAGACUGACUCUAUAUGUAGGAAAACUUCAACAGAAUCAAAAUCUACUGAACUGUCGUGGGAUUCUUACACUGAGUGCCUGGAUCUAUCCAGGGGUUAUGAUGCAGACCAUGACACAUGCAGUUCACAUUCUGGCUGCAGCUCUGACCAGGGUCUAUUGACUGGAUCUCUUUGAGGGAUUCUAUCAAAUGUUCAUACUAAGUUCUACCAACUACCUGCUAAAAGAAAACAUGUGUGUAGAAUUUAAUGUGAAACAU